CAAAAGAACGAAAUUGAGGAAGCACAAAAUCGGAUUGGGCGUUUGACCGGACUGGUGAAGAACCAGACCUCCACAGAGCGAAGCGAGGAGGUGGAGGAAGAACACCGAGAAAGACUCGCUUCACUGAAAUCCCCAGCGGCUUGACGCCAAUUUCUUGCAUUCUGCAUUCAUAUCUAACCUCAAUUUCUCAAUCCUCUACUCACUUCAGCAGCCGGCCAUGUUUCAACAAAACAAUAUGCAGCUGGCUAUUCGGAUUCCGACAUCGCCCGCUCAAGAUUCUUCACAGUAUAUGCAAGUCGAUCAGAGCGACAAGUCUUUAGUAAUGAGCGGUGAUAUGCAAAAUGGGGGAUUCACGCAUUCGGAAUACAUCUUCAACUUCUCCAAGAAACUUGAAGAGGAUUUACAGACGUUUGGCAUGAAAAUAAAACAGCACGAGGAUAACAUUAAAUUUCUCAAGACUCAGAAAAACAAAUUAGAUGAAUCGAUCCUCGAUUUGCAAAGUAUUUUGUUUACUAUUUGUGUGUUAGAACUUAUUGGUAUUCCCUUUUCUUUUGUUUUGUAUAUCCACUUAGAAUUUCAUUUAGUUAUUCUAGGCAAGUAUCAUUCUUCUGGCACACCUGUGGCUGAAAACGAGGUUCAUUCCCAUCCUCAAAGCGAAGAGGAAACGAUGGAACAGAUUAUGCGGCAGGAAAAGUCUGCUGCUGGCAUUAUAUGUAGAUUGAACACACAUCAUGGUAUUCAGGCUUACAACAUUACGUUGACCAAGGAUGUAUUGGGAAUUGUUGCUCGACUUGGAAAAGUUGAUGAUGAUAACUUUGGCAGACUGCUCUCGGAGUACCUGGGAAUGGAAACUAUGCUGGCAAUUGUCUGUAGAACGUAUGAUGGAGUUAAGAUGUUAGAAACAUACGACAAGGAAGGUUGCAUAAACAAAAGUUCUGGCCUUCAUGGUCUUGGUGCUUCAAUUGGGAGGAACUUGGAUGGCCGGUUUCUCGUAAUUUGUCUUGAACAUUUGAGACCGUAUGCUGGUGAUUUUAUUCCUAAUGAUCCACAAAGGAGGCUUGAUCUUCUAAAGCCAAGAUUACCUAACGGGGAGUGUCCACCUGGCUUUGUUGGCUUUGCUGUUAACAUGAUCAAUAUUGAUAGCACACACUUUUGUUUUGCAGCCAAUGGAUAUGGUCUCAGGGAGACCCUGUUCUAUUCUCUCUUUUCUCGUCUUCAAGUAUAUAAAACAAGAGCUGACAUGCUACAAGCUCUCCCUUGCAUAAGUGAUGGUGCACUUUCUUUAGAUGGAGGAAUAAUCAAGGCUAAUGGUCUUUUUUGCUUGGGCAAUCAGGAAGAUGUUCAGUUGAGAUUUCCGAAGGCCUCAAUGAAAUCAAGCCUGCCUGAAAGCUACAUUGAAUCUGAGAGGCAGAUGAAAGAGCUCAAGUGGAAAAAGGAAAAGAUGAUUGAAGAUAUAAAGAGAGAACAAGCAUUACUGAACAAUUCUAAGCUCAAUUUCGAUAGGAAAAAGGCAGAGUUUCUAAAGUUCCUUGCUGAAAGUUCAUCAUACGCGGCUCAGCAACAACUCUCAGUCAAGCCGGAGAGGUUGACACCACGAUGAAAUUUGCUGUAGAAAACACCAAGUUUUCCACAGAACAACUUGGAGAAGGAGCUGUCAGCUGCAAUAUUUUAACCUGAGAAAAUGCACAAGCUUCCUAUUUCAUUUUUGAGGUAAAUAUCUUAUCUUAUGGUUUAGCUGAAGAAUUUCAAGGAAAUGGAAUAGGAGGCUGUGACAUCUGUAGUUCCUCACUAGAUUAGGCAUUUUUUUUAGUGCUCACUGUCCAGAUUUAUUGAAACUAAUGUUGUUUAGCUGAAGAGACAACCGUUCUCUUGCACUGGAUGAUCGUUAAGUGUUAGCGUAACAUAGUUUAAAUGGUCAAGUCAUAUUCUCCCGAAUAAGAAGUCAAAUGGGUCUUUGUCGUCGGACUCUUUAACUGAAGAGACAAUGACGGUUAGUAUUGGUCAACUUUGUCAUAGUUUAAGAAAAGCCUCUAUUAGGAUCGUCAAGUGUUAAAAGUUUAAAUAUUUGUGUUCUCCUA